CGAAAUAUUACUCACUUACUAACGUCUUCACCCUCCGUAAUCCACUCAUUCGCUUAAUCGCUUUAAAGCCAACCGCUCUUCAAAAAUUUGAAAACAACGUGGAAUUCAUGACAGUAUGAGAACUCUUUCAACAACAACCUUUCUCAUUCUAUGAUGACAUGUAUGCUAACAUGAAGUAUUUCGCAAGAAAACAAGAUGGUGGACGGAAAGUUGUAAAAAUGGAUUCGAAUUUUGAAAUAUUUAAUGCUACUUCCCGCGGCCGCGGGAUACGAAGUAAAGUUCGGGUGAAUAAAGGAGACACUAUUCUUUUCCAAGAACCGCACGUUUUCGUUUCUAGGAGCGAAAUGCUAGGAAGAAUAUGCGACAAUUGUUUGUCGAUGGGUGAUAUAAAAUUACAGCGCUGUUCGGCUUGUAAAAUGGUCUACUAUUGCGGGGAAAACUGCCACCGAAAUGCUUGGGCGACGCACAAACUUGAAUGCAAAUACCUCAAGAAGUUCUCUGCCGCUAUGCCUAGCGAUACAGUGCGAAUGCUGUCGUUGUUGUUGUUAAAAAAAGACACCCCGAAAUGGCUUGACGAUUUGGUCAGCCAUUCCGAGCAUAUACGUAGCAAAAAAGGCGACGUAUUUGCUUACAUGUUGAAAAUGUUAGACAAGUAUUUCGAUGGUGGUUUGGAGUGGAGCAAUGAAAGGGUCUUUGAGUUAUUCUGCAAAGUGAAUUGUAAUGCUUUUACAAUUUGUGACGGAGAGUUGAAGCCAAUAGGUCUUGGUCUGUAUCAGACAGCAGCGUUUUUAAAUCAUUCAUGUGAGCCAAACUGCAUCGCGGUGUUUAUCGGAGCAACGUGUCAUAUUAGGAACAUAAAGAAUGUUGAACAGGAUCAGGAAUUGUUUAUAAGUUAUACGGAAUUGAUGAGACCACGUGCCGUGCGCCAGGAUGAAUUGAGAGAGCAAUACUACUUCGACUGCGCAUGCCCUCGCUGUGUGAACGAACUGGAGUAUGGAUCGGAAAUGAAUAGCCUGAAAUGUCUGAAUAGAGAAUGCCCAAACGCCGUCGGCUUUUCCAAAGACACGAUGGUUUGUUCAGAAUGUGGUUCUACUGUCCCAACCGAUUUCGCGUCAGGAAAUAUCACCCAACUUUAUGAAAAGAUCGAGGCCACACUAUCGACUUUCAACCAAGCGACGUCCCAUUCAGAAAACCUGAGCAAAGAGCUGAAUGUCCUCGAGCAACUUCUGACAGAUGUGGACGCCAUCUUGCAUAGCCAAAAUUACAAAGUUUUAAAGAUCGUUGACAAAAUAUCUGAUAUUUGCAUUGGGAUGGGACUGUGGAAUAAAGCCAUCUAUUAUUGUAAGAGGUCUUUGGAUAGUUAUCUAAAGUUCUAUGCCAAAUACCACCCAAGUACGGCGAUUCAACUUUACAGAAUUGGAAAACUGGAAGUAUAUUUGGAUAUGUUGGAUGCUGGUAUCUCGACAUUGUCGCAAGCGAGAGCUCUACUGACUGUCUGUUAUGGCAAAAAUCACGCACUAACCACACAACUCAAUGAACUACUCGUAAAAACCGUGCAGGAAAAAUACAUGAGCGAACAGCAUCCUGCGAUGAUUGAACAACGAUGAAGUUUAUUUGGCAAUGAGUGGGAAGCUUUCAAACAACUGUACUUCAAAUGCUUUAUUAAAUACUUUCUCUGUCACACCCAACGAAGGCGAGAGAGCUUUUUGAAUACAGG